AUGGAAUGCCCACUAGGACAGGAGGGUAGCAUCUCUGCAGUGUGGGACUACAUCCAGGUAUUACACCCUCUUUUUCUCCCACACACACAAACACACACCUCUUGGACCUGUAUUCACACAGGUACAGUCAACACAAACACACACCUCUUGGACCUGUAUUCACACAGGUACAGUCAACACAAACACACACCUCUUGGACCUGUAUUCACACAGGUACAGUCAACACAAACACACACCUCUUGGACCUGUAUUCACACAGGUACAGUCAACACAAACACACACCUCUUGGACCUGUAUUCACACAGGUACAGUCAACACAAACACACACCUCUUGGACCUGUAUUCACACAGGUACAGUCAACACAAACACACACCUCUUGGACCUGUAUUCACACAGGUACAGUCAACACAAACACACACCACUUGGACCUGUAUUCACACAGGUACAGUCAACACACACCACUUGGACCUGUAUUCACACAGGUACAGUCAACACAAACACACACCUCUUGGACCUGUAUUCACACAGGUACAGUCAACACAAACACACACCUCUUGGACCUGUAUUCACACAGGUACAGUCAACACAAACACACACCACUUGGACCUGUAUUCACACAGCUACAGUCAACACAAACACACACCUCUUGGACCUGUAUUCACACAGGUACAGUCAACACAAACACACACCACUUGGACCUGUAUUCACACAGGUACAGUCAACACAAACACACACCUCUUGGACCUGUAUUCACACAGGUACAGUCAACACAAACACACACCUCUUGGACCUGUAUUCACACAGGUACAGUCAACACAAACACACACCUCUUGGACCUGUAUUCACACAGGUACAGUCAACACAAACACACACCUCUUGGACCUGUAUUCACACAGGUACAGUCAACACAAACACACACCUCUUGGACCUGUAUUCACACAGGUACAGUCAACACAAACACACACCUCUUGGACCUGUAUUCACACAGGUACAGUCAACACAAACACACACCUCUUGGACCUGUAUUCACACAGGUACAGUCAACACAAACACACACCUCUUGGACCUGUAUUCACACAGAUACAGUCAACACAAACACGGCUGCCCUCCCGUUCCUGAUGAUGUGA